CUCACGUCUGCUCUUUGUCUGUUUACUCUUUGUUUUGAAGGGAUUCCUUUGAGUGAGCAAAAUGUCGGGUAACUCUGAGAAAAUGGUACUCAUUCCUCCAACCACUAACCAAUGGCCACAGAUAAUAGACGAUCAUAAGGUCUCGAUGGGUUCCUCAAGUGGUAGUAGGGUAAUGGAAAAACCAGGUCAAGAUCUUCAGCAUCAGCAGCAACAACAACAACAACAUGCCCUCAAGUGCCCUCGCUGUGACUCAUCAAACACCAAGUUUUGUUACUACAACAACUACAGUUUGUCACAGCCAAGACACUUCUGCAAAGCCUGCAAACGCUAUUGGACAAGAGGUGGAACCCUCAGGAAUGUUCCUGUUGGUGGUGGAUGCAGAAAAAACAAGCGUGUCAAGCGCCCUAUGGUCACCACCUCCUCUGCCAUUGACACUGCUUCUUCUUCUUCUUCAGCUCCUACUGCAGCUUCACAAGCCCAGAUCGACACUGCUUCAACCUCAAAUCAUGUCAACCCUUUGUUUUAUGGGUUACCCAGUAACUCUAGCGAUGUGAGUCUUCCAUUCCCAAGGUUCAAUUCUAGAGUCUCAAGUUCUGGGUAUGAUCUUCAGCCUCAUCAGCUGAAUAAUGCCCUUGGAUUGGGUUUUUCAUCCGGGAUUAUAUCCAAUCAAGCUGCUGAUAAUAAUAAUGGUUAUAGCCAGAGGAAUGGGUUUAUUUCAAAUAAUAUACUUGUUUCAAGUAAUUAUAAUUCCAUCUUUAGUUCUUCUUCAACUUCUACAUCCACUACUACUCCAGUUAUGUCUUCUCUAUUGAGCUCGACUCUGAUGCAACAAAAGCUCAAUAUCAUCGGUGGAUUGAAAGAUGUUAUUGAUAGCAACAGAUUCCAGCAGGGCUUAGCCCCACUGGAGCAGCUGCAAAUGGCAAGAAAUAGCAAUGAGGCAGAGAUGGUGGCUUUAAAAGAUGUGAAAGUGGAAUUAGGACAAAACAGCAGGUUGGAGUGGAAUGGUGCUUGCCAAAACCAGAUCGAGCAUGUGGGCUUGUACGAUCCUUCGCUUUAUUGGAAUACACCAACGGCUAUGAGUGUUUGGAAUGAUCAAGCUAAUAUUGGUCCAUCAGUCACUUCUCUGAUCUAGAAAAACUAUGGUUUUCAACUUUGUCACUCUCCCCUUUGUUUAAGGUCAUCUUUUGCUUUUAAUUUUACUUUUUUUUUUUUGGGGGGGGGGGGGGGGGGUUCAAUAUGGGUCGGGUUUACUUACAUCAAAAUUUGUUGAAAAAGACGAAGAAAAAAAUACUUGAAAGAAAAAUGGGAAAGCUAAAGGUGAGAGGUUUUUGGAUCCGAGAGAUCAUGUCAGCUGCAUACUGCAAAUACAAUUACUCUUCAGCCUGUUAGUUUUAUAUGCCAAGGUUGGGAAUUGCGUAAUUUGCGCUGAGAGGAACCUCUGAUCCGCUUCUCUCAUAGUCUCACAGUGGCUACCACCCCCGUCUGUGCAGUGUUCUCUGUGGAAAUCCUGUAUGGUUGAGUAAGUUGGUCUUUCAUUUUGUUAUGUAUAUAUGCGAUGACAUAUCUUUUCUUAAUUACUUUGUAAUGUACUAGCUGUGAUUAGCUAGGUGGGGUAGGGGAUUUACUGGGUACAUGAUGCUGUCCUUGCAGAAAGGAACUAAUAAUAUUGGUUUCAUUUUUGUUAACUUUGUGAUGAUAUUUGUUUUGGAUAUGGCAAAUGGGAAUAUGUUGGGUAUAAUGGUUUUAAUAGAAGAGAAGAGAGGGUGAUUAAUGAAUG